CCUAAUGUCUGACAUUGGGUUAGGGUUUGUGACGAUGGGGCUCUCUCUCUCGUUCAUGUUAGGGUUAGGCUUUGGAUUUGUGUAAAUUUUUUUGAUUUAUGUAACAAAUUGGGGAAAUUCCAGUGUACAUGGAUGACGUACAAGAAGAAGCCGACGAUAUUCCACCACUGACCGAGCAACAACCAAGAAUGCAGUGUUUGGAUGAUAUAAACGUAUUCUCACCGUUAGCAUCGAUCCCGUAUGAUGUUUGGAAAUUUUACAACCAUUAUGGUAAAGAAGGUGGAUUUGGUACGCGAGCGAGUUCUAGCAAGAGGAAUAGGGAUUAUGAAGUCAUUAGAAAGGAGUACGUUUGUUGCAAAGAAGGGGUGAAGAGGCUCCACAAAACUAGUGAACCCGUUACACAGCGUCGGGGGGAUAGUAGAGAGAAUUGUGGGGCGAAAUUGUCUGUUCUGAAAAACCAGUCAAGUGGAAAAUUUGUUGUCUCCCAAUUUGUCGAGGGUCAUAACCACCCUCUUGCGUCUCCAAAGAGGGUACAUUUAUUUCGAUCUCAUCGUAAAGUGUCAGCUACAAAAAAGGCUUUAGUAGAACAACUAUCAGCUGCAAAUGUGCGAACCUGCCAACAAAUGAGUAUUUUCGAGUUACAAUCCGGAGGUCUACAAAAUGUUGGCUUUUUACAAGAAGAUCUUGAUAAUUUUAAAAGGGACAUGAGGAAAAUGUUAGCCGGACAAGACGCCAAUAUGUUGUAUGAGCAUUUUCAAAUUGAACAACAAAAGAAUGCAAGUUUUGUGUAUACAAUGGAGAAAGAUGAUGAGGGGAGGAUGACUCAUUGUUUUUGGGCGGAUGCCACCUCUAGAAAAUCAUACCAAUAUUUUGGAGACGUUGUGGUGUUUGAUACAACAUACAACACAAACCGAUAUGCCAUGAUCUUUGCACCUAUAUUAGGGGUUAAUCACCACGGGCAGACUACUCUUUUUGGGUGUGGAUUCUUAAGUGAUGAAAGUAGUGAUUCUUUUGAGUGGCUGUUUGAGGAAUUUUUGAAAGCAAUGCUAGCAGGCCCGCCCAAAAUGAUCAUAACUGAUCAAGAUCCGGCAAUGACAAAAGCAUUUGCUAAUGUUCUUCCGAAUACGCAUCAUAGGUAUUGCAUUUGGCACAUUAUGCGUAAAUUUUUUGAAAAAAUAAGUGCAUUAUCCUAUAAAGAACAUUAUGAUGAGUUCAAAAAAUGUAUAUGGAAUUCCGAGACCCCUGAAGAGUUCGAAACUAAAUGGAUGGAUGUUGUACAUAAAGCUAACUUAUCUAGCAAUGAAUGGUUGAAAGGGAUGUACCAAAUCCGUGAGAGAUGGAUUCCUGCGUAUAUGAAACACAUGUUUUCCGCCCACAUGACUAGUAGUCAAAGAGCUGAGAUUUCUCAUGCAUUUUUCAAGAGAUAUGUGUCUGAAAAUAAUUCAUUGUGGGAUUUUGUGACACGGUUUGAUAGAGCACUUUCAAAGCUACGUCAUAAUGAGUUGGAUUUGGAUCAUAAAGAUCUUAAUGAGAAGCCUCCAUUGAAAACAGUAGCACCCAUGGAGUUGACAAUGAGUGAGUUACAUACACGGGCCAUAUUUUACAAGUUUCAAGAUGAACUACAUCAAAUUUUGGCAUAUGUUGUUACGAUGACACAUGAGGACGAACACCGUUAUUUGUACAAUGUUGAGAGGGCGAAGGUAAGUGGUUCAAGGGUUCGUCAAAUUUUCGUAGAGAAGUCAUCAAAAUAUUCAAGUUGUAGUUGCAAGAUGUUUGAAAGUGACGGAAUCCCAUGUCGGCACUUGUUGGCGUUCUUCAGUAGAAUGCAGAUUAUAGAUAUGCCUAAUGAGUACAUUUUGCUGAGGUGGACUAAAUUGGCGAAAGCUAUGAGAGUUGUAGAUGACUUGGGUGGGUCCGUCAAAGAAAUAUGCGACACUUCUUUGUUAGAGAGGCGAAAUAAUCUCUUCCAACUUGCUUCUAAUGUAAUUGAUGAUGCCGUAUUAACUGAAGAUGGGACUCAAAUUUUGGAAGAAGCUUUGUGUUCGGUUCAAAAGAAGCUAUGUUCCAUGAAUCUUAGUAGUGAAAAUGGCAAAGCGAGUUCUAUCCAAGUGUCUAUUCCUCAUGAACAAAGUUUCAAAGAACCACUUAAAGUUAGGGCAAAGGGUUGUGGUAAAAGAUUAAAGGGAGGAAAAGAGAAAGCGGUCAAGAAGAGUAGGCGUUGUAAUGGUUGUGGGUUAAUCGAACAGUCGCAUGACAAAAGGAACUGUCCAAAACUUCAGAACAUAUCUCCAGACUUCUUCUUCGUCCAUCUUCAACCUUAA